UUAGACGCCUUCGCUUCUACACAUAACCGUGUAUCCAAAUCAAUUAUAUAUCGCCAAAAAAUAAAAAUAUAUCUCCUUCCUGUCUUUUCUUCAAGUAACUUGCAAUAAUUAUUGGUUCUGGUAUAGAUAUUCGCUGGCAAUAGACCUUAUUUCAACCUCUUACGGAUAAUAGUAAUUGAGAAGUGCUCUUGGAGGUUAACACUUCGCAAGAAUUUAAGAAAACCAUAGUCAAUAAGAGUAAUGGAAGAAGAAAGGUUCAAGGCUGAAAUCUUUCAUGUGACACAGCAAGUUUGUAACAACACCGCUGCUGAAUUAAGAGACUCAGAAUCACGAAACGUAAUUGUAGAUGAACUUUACUGCGUGGGAGUAACUGAAAUGGUUUGGGAACAAAUCCGUGUGUUGGCGAAAGACAUUGAGGACUUUGCAGAACAUGCUGGUCGUAAAACGGUUCAACCCCAAGAUGUUGUUCUAUGUUGUCGUCGUAAUGAAGGAUUGCAUGAAAUGAUGAAUGAAUACCAAAGAGAAAUUAUAAGGUCGAGAAAGAAAAGGAAAGAAAAUUCUCCCUAGUAUAAAUGUUUAUUUACUAACCUUUCUUUCUUGUAAGGUUCUUAUUCUUUUUUCUUUUUUUUUUAGCUUCUAUCAUGCAUAUAAUAUAUUCCCGGGAUUGGAGCGUCCAGUCAUGCAAUCAGCAAAAAGUCCCCAAAUUCUUAUAAAUAAGAGCAGUUCCUUUUUUCCAAAACGGAAUGUAUUUUUAGAGCUAUGCUUUGAUGCUAGUAUUGGCGAUCAACAUCCAUAGAUACAUUUACUUUAUAAGGCAUUUAUGAUAUGGAAGGUACGAGGCACUUGAAUUUCGAUUGCUAAAAUAAUUAUAAUAUCAAUCUUGAAGCGAUUUUUGAUUAAUUAUCUACGUCUAUUGUUUUAGGGUUGUUUCUUGUACUCAGCUUGGUCUUGAAGGAAAAACGAGAGAUAUUUUGGUAAAUAAUGGAGUUCUUUUUUCAUACAUUCGUUAAAC